GCGAAAAAAAAAGACAAAUAAAAUGUACUUAAAAUAUUUAAAACUAAUAAUGAGAAUAUAUUGAAAUCUGUAAAUAAUGUAGUCUAGAGAUGAUAAACAACAACAAAAAAGUAAAACGGCCUUUGUUUCCGGACCUUAAUAUUCAAAUCAAUUAAAAAAAUAAAUCAAAGCUAACGAACCAAGCGAUUUAAAAAAAGUCUGAAUAAUAAAUAUGAAAUAAAGACGUAUAUAAACUCGUUAGAAUAGCAUGUCAAAUCUAAAGAUUUCUGAAGAUGUUCAAUAUUAUUCUUGGCAGAUUGCUUUUGUUUAUGUUUUCAAUUUAAUUGUUGGUGCUGGUGCAUUGACUCUUCCAAAAGCUUUUGCACAAACAGGAUGGGUUCUUGGACUAGCUGCUCUUGGUGUUUUAGCUUUAAUGAGCUACUGUACGACAACUUUCAUGAUUGAGGCAAUGUCAAUUGCAAAUGCAAUUAUUCGGAUAAAAAAUAAAUCAGGGCCCACUGAAUCAUGCCACCUCUGUAGCAGGUUCAUAUAUGGUAAAAUGGCUGUCAAUAGUGUUGCUCAAUAUGUUACCAAUGAUGCUUUUCCUGAAGUGGAACAAACUUUAAAUAUUCAAACUGAUGAAGAUAAUGAAGAUCUAAUCAGUAAUCAUUCAAAUAAUGAAGUUUACUUAUAUGAAAUAACUGAAAAAGUUGAAAUGGGGCAACUUGCAAGAUUUUUCUUCAAUAAAGUUGGUUUGGUGCUGUAUUACAUAGUUAUUGCAUUGUACCUUUAUGGAGAUCUUGCUAUAUAUGCUGCAGCUGUACCUAAAUCUCUGACAACAGUUAUUUGCGGAGGAACUGUUAGUUUUAAAAAAGAAGAUUUAAAAAAUCCAUGCAAAAAUGCCAAGUCAUUGAGUGUUGAAGACAUGUACAGGAUCAUGUUGGUUGUGUUUGUUGCUUUGUUGUGCCCAUUUGCUUUUUUCAAUUUGUCGAAAACAAAGUUACUUCAGAUCUUCACCACUUUGUUCAGAUGGAUAGCAUUUAUCCUGAUGAUCAUCUUAGCUAUUGUUAAAAUUUCUAAUGGUGAAGGAACUCAUAGAGUUAAACUGCUUGAUUUUACCAAAUUGCCUAAUUUUUUUGGAGUUGCUGUUUAUGCUUUUAUGUGCCAGCAUUCUCUCCCAUCUAUAGUUACACCGGUUCGUAACAAGAGUCGCAUAAAUUUUAUUAUUCUUAUGGACUUUUUCUUAGUAUCUUUAUUUUAUGUACUCUUGGUAUUGACUGCGGUAUUUUCAGUAGCUGAGAGCAAGCUGGAAGAUCUUUAUACGCUGAAUUUUGAAUCCCCUGCUUUUUGCAAAUACUUUUUAGAACUUUUUCCUGUGUUUACACUUUCUACAAGCUUCCCCAUUAUUGCAAUAACUUUACGUGAAAAUUUGAAGACUUUGUUUAUGAAGGAAGAUCGUCAAUACGGUUUGUUCAUGCGUCGUUAUUUAUUUCCGUUGGUAACUGUAACACCGCCGGUUAUAAUUGCAUUUGUUACUUCAGACGUAAAUUUUUUAGUCAGUGUAACUGGAUCAUACGCCGGUGCAGUUAUUCAGUACGUCAUUCCGGUCAUGCUAGUCUACAGCGGCCGUAAUCAAAUAAAAAAAUGCCUUGGAAGCUAUGUAAAUAAAUACCGAUCUCCAUUUCGCCAGCGUUCCUGGAUAUUCUUUGUUAUAGCUUGGUACGCUGCCUGCUUGAUUUUUGUCACAAUUGAUCAUAUCAGACAUAGUUAACUUAACACCUUUGACACAAUGGUUGACUUAUUUUUAAAUAAAAUUUUAUUUAAAUCGCACGAAUUAUUUUUUUAUUAGUUUUAAAGUUUAGAAUUUGUUACUAAAAUAAUAUAAAAAAUUCUACGUUUUCAAAGUUAUUUUUUGUAAUACCACUUUAUUUAGAUAAUGUUUAAUUACUAUGUAAAAUA